UCAUUUUGUUCCUUCUUCCCUCAGUCUGUAACGGCAACUAACUACAAGCAGCUCAGCUGUUCUGUUGCAAAGGGAACUGCUAGAAAGUGUUCAGCUGUUGACAGACUUGACUUGCUGAGAACACAGGAUAAAUAUAACUCAGGGGAGCUGAUCCCUACAUAGCCACAGUUGCCCAAGUAUCCGAGGGCUGUGCGUAUUAGCUCUGGCAAGCAUAGCAGUGGGACUUUACACGGGAGAGCAGCAGAUUUUAUGUUCCAAGCUCUGACGGUCUGAAAUGUAACUAGCAGUCUGUGUGAACCUUUUAUGGUAGCCAGAUUUCUUUGAGUAAAGAAGCAUGCUCUUGCUCUUUUCUCCUCUACUUCCUGUAUGAUCUCAGCAAGUGGAUUAAGGGGAACGAGGAACUCAUCUUCACUGGUUCUGAAGUGCGGGAAUGUUUGCCCAAUCGAACGGCUUCCAAAGUCUGUGGAACAACAACACCUCUUUCCACUGAGCUUUUGUACUCUGUCAGUGCCUUGAUAACUCCAGUAGCAGCAGUGUCUUUGCCAAGGAGUCAGAAGGCUGCUGCUUAUAUUACUGGGCUGUGCCCACAGCUGUGAGAGAGCACAAUAGAUAACUCAGGUGGCGAUGAGGUCCCGGAGCAGUGGUGGGGAAUCCCCAUCCCACGGCCAGCCAUCAAGCCAUGAAGAUGACAAGGUUAUUAACACAGGUAGCAAAAAGAAGAAUAAAACUCAAAGGCAGAGUUUCUCAGAAAAGACAGUGGGGCUCACGGGUCCUGCAAAGAGAGCUCCCAAGUCUUUGCAAGAAAAUGAGCGAAGAAAGAAGUUACUGGAACUCUCCAAAGAGGACCUUCUGCGUCUGCUCAGUGUAAUGGAAGGAGAGAUAGAGGCUCGAGAAGAUGUAAUUCACCUGCUGAAGUCAGACAAGGUAAAUCCAGAGUCUCUUGAAGCUUAUUACGGUCUGGCUGUUCCUGAGAAGAUUUUGCGGACAUUGUAUCGAGAUGCCUGUCACUUCCAGGAGAAAAGUCCGGGGGAGGAUGUAUAUGAGAAACCCAUGGCAGAGCUGGACAUGCUGGUGGAAAAACACAGAGAGACCUAUCGCCGCAUGUUGGAACAACUGCUUUUAGCGGAAAAGUGUCACAGGCAAACAGUGUAUGAGCUGGAAAACGAGAAGCACAAGCAUACAGAUUACAUGAACAAGAGCGACGAUUUCACCAACCUCCUUGAGCAGGAUCGCGAGAGGUUGAAGAAACUGCUUGAACAGGAGAAGUGCUACCAAGCCCGGAAGGAGAAGGAGAACAGCCGACGGCUGGGCCGGGUGCGAGAGGAGCUGCUGAAGCUGAAGUCAUUCGCACUAAUGCUGGUGGACGAGCGGCAGAUUCACAUUGAGCAGCUCGGCCAACAAGCCCAGAAGGUGCAGGAGCUCGUGCACAAGCUCCGGGAGGAGGAAGAGAGAGUCCGUAGCAGUGACGAUAGAGCCAGGGAGGAGGCGCAGAAGGUAUUCCAGCUGGAAGCGGAACUCGAGCACAAAUCUGCCAAGUCCGUGCAAGAGCUCGACGAGAUGACAGCUAAACUGGCGAACCAAGAGGCCCAGAACCGCCAGCUGCGGCAGAAGCUGUCGACUCUGGCCCAUCGGUUCGAGGAGCUGGAGGAAGCCAACAAGAGCCUCCAGAAAGCAGAGGAAGAGCUGCAGGAGCUGCGGGACAAAAUCAGGCAGGGGGAGUGCGGCAACUCCAGCCUCAUGUCCGAGGUGGAGAGCCUGCGCAAGCAGCUACUGGAGAUGGAGGGGAAGGACGAGGAGAUCACCAAGGCCGAGGAUCAGGGCAGGGAGCUGAAGAAGAAACUGCAGCAAGAAGAGCUCCACAGCAGCAGCUUGAGGCUAGAGGUGGAGAAGCUCCAGAAGAGAAUGGUGGAGCUGGAAAAGCUGGAAGGUGCUUUCAACAAGAGCAAAUCCGAAUGCUCCCAGCUGCACAACAGCCUGGACAAAGAGAAGGCUCUGAGCAAAGACCUGUUCAACGAGCUGGAAGCAGUAAAGGCUCGCGUGAAGGAGCUGGAGUCCUCCGAGGCCAGGCUGGGAAAGAGUGAAUUCAACUUGAAAGAUGAUCUGACGAAGCUGAAGUCCUUCACAGUGAUGCUGGUGGACCAGAGGAGAGGGGUGGCUGAGAAGCUGAACCAAGAAGAGCAAAAAGUCAACGAGCUCAACAAUAAGCUCAAGGAGGAGCAGAGCAAGACCACUGAGGUAACGGAGAAGCUGAUAGAAGAGAGCAAAAAGCUCCUCAAACUGAAGUCAGAGAUGGAGGAGAAGGUGUCCAGCUUGCUCACUGAGAAGGAGGAACUGGCGAUGAAGCUCAAGAGCGAGGAGCAAAGGUCCAGUGAGCUGAGCCAGCACCUCGGCUUGCUGAAGAAGAGGCUCGACGAGGACGAGAGCGACGCUCUGAGAAGUCGGGCCACCCCGGAGGCUGAGCGACUGGCUGAGGAAGCCCAGUCCGACAGCCCCAAGCUGAGGGAGCUGACGCUGGAGGUGGAGCGCCUGAGGUGCCGGCUGCAGCAGCUGGAGGUGGUGGAGGGAGACCUGAUGAAGACGGAGGACGAGUUCGACCAGCUGGAGCAGCGGUACAGGAGCGAGCGGGACAAGGCCAACCAGCUGAGCCAGCAGCUGGAGGAGAUGCGGCAGCUGGCCAGCCGCAGCGAGCAGGGAGAGGGCAGCGGCGCCAGGGAGGCUGAGGCACGGGGGAGGCUGCGGCUGGAGGAGGCCCGGAGCCGGGAGCUGGCGGCCGAGGUGAGGGCGCUCAAGGAGAAGAUCCACGAGCUGAUGCAGAAGGAAGAUCAGCUGUCGCAGCUGCAGGCCGAGUACUCACGGCUGCAGCGGCGCUGCCAGCAGGAGGAGAACCGCAACAAGGAUAUGGGCAUGGAGGUGGUCAGCCUGGCCCGCGAGCUGGAGCUCUCCAAGCGCUGCAGCCGCGCCCUCCGGCCCAGCAUGGACGGCCGGCGCAUGCUGGAGGUGCCGCUCGCCUCCACCGCCGUGCAGACGGAUGGCGCGCUGGCCGACCAGGAUGACCGCAAUGCCACGGCCGUCUUCAUCCGCCAGUCGGUGCAGGAGGAGAACCAUCUGAUGAGCCACCUGCGUCAAGGCAGCCUGCGGAGGCCGCCCGCUGUCCUCGAGCGCUACCCGCCAGCUGCUGGCGAGCCAGGCCUGCGCCGCUCCUGGGUCCCCUGGGCCAAGCGGCGGGAGGUGGGCACCAGCCCCAGCAAGCCACUGCUCGUGUCCAGCAAGCAAGGGCAGCCGCUCCACAUCCGAGUGACGCCCGAGCAGUGCGGCAGCACGGCCACCCUGGAGAUCACCAGCCCAGCGGCCGACGACUUCUUCUCCAGCAGCACUGUCAUCCCCACGCUAGGCCCUCACAAGCCCCGCAUCACCAUCAUCCCCGUGCCCAAGGCCUCCGAAGGCCUCCUCUCACCCGAGCGCCCGGCCUCGCCCGUCACCAUCACCACCUUCUCCCGGCCCAGUUCGCCGCCAGGGUGCCCUCACCCUCAGCCGGCCUCCCCCGAAGCCCGUCAGUCGCCCAUCCAGAUCGUAACGGUGAGCACGGCCCCCGGCUGCGAGCCAGCCCCAGGCCCUGAGCCGCAGGAGGUGCAGGUGGGCCGGGCCGUGUUCAGAAUGGGCCCGGACAAGCAGCAGCAACAACAGGGAGCUGGCCGAAGGUAUGGCCCCAAGGCCAACAUCAUCACCACCGAGGACAACAAGAUCCACAUCCACCUGGGCACCCAGUACAAGCGGCCGGCCAGCGGCAGCUGUCCCGAGCCCGGCGCUCCGCUCAUCACGGUGCGGCCGCUGGCCGUGCCCGCUGACGGCAAGGAAGGGUCGGGCACCGUGCUCCGCUCACCCCGCCACUACGCCCCACCCAAGGGCUCUCCCAGCAAGAUGACCAGCAGCAUCAUCAUCACCCCAGCCAGCACGUCGCCCACUAGGACCACGCCGGCACUGGGAGCACCGGAGGGGUCAGCAGCUUGGCCCGCACCCACCCGCAUCCCCAUGUCAAAAGGUAUGAAAGCAGGAAAGCCUGUAGUGGCAGCCAUGGGAGCAGGAGGUGUGACAAAGUAUGAAUCUCGUGCUGAGAGCCAGUCAAUGAGAAUUGAACUGAAGAAAUGUCCGGCCAGCAGUUCAGCCCCUCAGGCUGGGGGGAAGGGCUGAACGUGGAGGCCCUGGGGAGAGCAUCAUCAUUCACCAAGUGCGGAUAACAUCGGCAUGAUGGCUAGUGGAAGCGUCCCGUUGCUGCCUGUAAUCGUAUAGCACUGUGUUACUGCUGGCUGAUCGAAACACUGCCCCAGGCUGCAACCUCCAAGGUUUUUAUAUGCUACUGAUCACAUUGGAAGACACUGUAAUCAUUAACUGUAUUUUUUUAAGAAAUUGUAUUUUAGAUAACCUUUAAAGAAACAAUCCAUCAUUGCUCCCAUGAAAAUAUGAAGAGCAAUUGAUGCACUGUACCAGGAUACAGCUCAACUAGCUAUCCACCAGAGGGGAAGUGUAUUUAAACAGAAUCAAAAUGUCCUUUUGCAUUUGUACACAGAAGAUGAUGGCAUGGUUUGAAAUGACCAUCGCGCAUUAACCAAUGCUCUCUUUUAACUGUGAUAGGUUAGUCUCCCUUUUAAACACAAUGUGCAGGAAUAAAUGGAAUUUCUGUAAUUCCGACCCACCCUAAUUCAGCAGCCAUGUGAUGUUCCCUACAGAUCAAUUAUUACCUUUCACGGCAUCCUUUGCCAAAUGAUAUGAAUAACUUUGGUUUUCUAAUGGCACUGCAGCACCUUUAUGUACAAAAGCAUACUUCCACCUGCCCUGAAAUUCUGCAAGUCCUUCUGAAUUUUAAAUACUGUAUGGCAACAAUCCAGUUAUAUCUUAUGUCAGAAGUACACCUUCUUGAUUGUGUGAGUACUCUGUAGCUGGGUGAAUGGUCAGAUUGACUGGUUAACACUGUGUUGCUGAGUUUACUUUUUGUAAAGUUAUGCUGUAAAAUACUAUACAGCUGUCUUGAGACGUGAUUUUUAAAUUGGCUCUAUAAUGGAUAAAACAUGCCCUUCAACAUCCAAGCCAUGGUGGUGCUUUAUCCUGAGGGAUCGUUUUUAAAUAUGUUAUCAACCCUUUCACUGUGGUAUUAAAAACCUGCAGUAAACUAUGUCUGACUGCAAGUGCAAUUACACAUUUUAAACAAUUAAAGCCUGUAUAUUUAAUUGAGCACUUUAGUCUUUCUUCAUGAUUGUAGUUGGUGUUUGAAUAUCCUUUGGUCUGAGCAAUAAUAGUUACAAUGGGUUUGGAUGUGUUCUCCCUCUCCUUUUUUAUUGUCCCACUUGUCACUGCCAAAAAGAAACAAGAACAUUUAUAAAUGUUUUGUUUUCCAGCAGAUACAUAGGCUUCAAUAUGAAAAUGUAACAGAAAUAUAACUCUAUAGGAUUUGGUAAAUAGGCUGGUAAAAGCACAAUUCAUGAAACUGAUCAUUUGUUUGGGACACGGAGUCCAAAUUUAAUGUCAAUUUGCAGCAGUUCAAUUAAAAUCAAUAUUCACUUAAACAAGUUUAGUGUCUGCCUUGUCCAGGUGCCCUAUGUUAUUUAUGAAGCAGAAUUCUUCAUAAUUUAUUUAUUGCAGACUGCCUAUUAGUGACAUGUAAAGGAUCAGGUUAAUUUGUGAUUAGAGACACGAGAUUGCAAAUACUGGAAUCUGGAACAUAUUUCACCAAUCUAAUCUCAACCAUUGUAUUGCAAAAGAUUGUGCAAUGUACUGAAUAGUUUGAAAUAUUUGAACAAUGAGGUCGUAACUAUGCAAACAUUAUAAUCAUUAGGGCUCCCAGUGAUCUCCAGCAGAACGUCAUGAACAAAUAAUAAGAUGUUUGCAGGGUCUUCACUUACCACUUGUUAACUGCCUUUGAACAGGAAUGUUCCUGAAAACUGUAUGAUUGAGACAUUUUCUCCAAGCACUGACUAGAAAGCUAAAGGAAACAAAAUCUCUGGGGAGUUUCUUCAAGGUUUGAUGAAGCAUUUUCAAUUAGCCCCAUACUUUCGCAAUACUCAUGGCAAAGCAAUUUGUUCACUCGUCAUGGACAGAGGAACCCAAAAAAGAUUACAAUGUAGACAACACAAUUGUAAUAGUUUGCACAUGAUUCUCAAGGAUAUUUUAUUGCAACUAUUUUGCUUCCAUUCAUUGAUAUUUUGUAUUUUUUUCUUGAAUAAAUAAUCAGUUCUGAAAGGGGGUUGGCUCCACAGUGUAAUUGUGACUCUCAAUCACAACCAACACUUGUCAGUCAGAUUUAGCAUAAGGUAGUUUGUCAAUUCCUACUUCAGCAAACCAUCCACACAACCUUUAAGGUCUCUCUUGCCAGCUGAAUGAGUUUCUGUUGCCUUCCUUGAAGGUUUCCCAACUUCCCCAAAGAACAAUAAUGUUUAAAGGCAAAGUGAAAUAAAUCUGGAAGGAGGAGACUGUGGAAAUAAAAGUGUGCUGAGUGAUAGAAACUGAAAUGGAAAUUUCUUUAAACAGGACUGGCAGUAUUAAAUACCUGAUGUAACAUGAAACAAGUGGAGAUGCAAAAUUGGUUGACGGAUCAAAUUUAGCCCAAUUGGGCCUUACGUUUUGACUAGGUUUCAUGUGUAGAGCUCAUCUGUAUCCAUGCCAUCAGUUUGCCUGAGGAACAGCUAUGGAUUGAUUCUAUGAUUUGUUUUAUCUGCUUCUGUACACAGGCAGGGGAGAAAGUGCUUGAACUGUUAUCAAGCACAUUAGCAUUUAGUAUGUUUGUUACAGCGGCAUUAACUUCACUCACGAAAGAAGCUCUUUUAGAAGUGAAUGCACCCUGUCUACCUGCUGGCAUGACUGGCAUUUUUUGACAUUUGUUGUUCCCAUAAUUUGAUGAACAGUUAAUACCCAUCAAAUGAGAAACUACCAAGGUUCAGACGUGCAGAAGACAGAUCAGAGCAAGUGACUGCCUUAGUGGAGAUAAUAUGAAUGUAGGAAGGUGGUGAUUUAAGCAGGCUGAUAGAGUUUUAAGUGGAAAAGACAAAAACAAACAAGGGUAGUGUUUUUAUUUUAUUGACAAUGAGCAAUUCCUAGAGAGGCUCAUGAGUUGGGGAGUGCCUGAGGACUUCAGAAACAGUUUCUGUUACAGUUCUCACAAAGAACACAUUCAGCAUUACAGCAUCAUCUGCCCUUUAUAGUGAAAGCUUUAGUUCUGGAGUAUUUUGGAGAUUAAGGGAGUACAAGGAGCUUCUCGUGCCCCCAGUUAAAUGUUAAACUCUGUCUCGGUAGGCAAUGAUGGCAUAUUGAAAUAAUCAGGAUCCAUUGAGUCUUACUGAGAGUGUUUUUUUAAAGAGGUGAAAUAAACCUUUUGAAUUUGCCUCUCAAAAUCCUGUGUUAGAUUAAGCAUUGAGCAUUGCUUAAUCUAACCUGAUUAAUAUACCAUGUGAGGAAGGAUGUCAUAGGAACAAGGGAGAUGCACAGGAUACUUCCUUAAAAGCAAUUCUGUGGUAGUCUUCAAAACAUCUAUCAAUUUUGGCAGAAAUAUACAUAUAACUUUUAAUGGUACUUUAUACCAUAGUAAUUAGUCCUUAAACCAGAUUUUCCAAUUUGAAUGUAGACUGCAUGAAGACAAAGUGCGACUCCUGAGGUGCUGCUCUUCUUUGCAUUGAGUAAAUCAAAUCUGUUCUACCAUUGUUUUCUGAUUCUAAGCUUGAUUCAAUGUCCUGGUAACAUAAUUAAUUUGGGUACCCAUGAUUCAAGGGGCUUGGGAUGGACCACACAGGUGAAUUUUAACUUAUUACGUCAAAGCGAUGUACUAGCACACAGGUUUGAGGCUUCCAGAGAGAGACAAUAGAUAAUAGACAAUAGACAAUAGGUGCAGGAGGAAGCCAUUUGGCCCUUCGAGCCAGCACCGCCAUUCACUGUGAUCAUGGCUGAUCAUCCACUAUCAGUAUCCAGUUCCUGCCUUAUCCCCAUAACCUUUGAUUCCACUAUCUUUAAGAGCUCUAUCCAUCUCUUUUUUGAAAGCAUCCAGAGACUUGGCCUCCACAGCCUUCUGGGGCAGAGCAUUCCAUAUAUCCACCAUUCUCUGGGUGAAAAAGUUUUUCCUCAACUCCGUUCUAAAUGGCCUACCCCUAUUUCUUAAUAGAGGUAAUAGAGGAAGUUGAUAACUUUAUUAGGUAUCUCCUGCACCACUGUGUGUAUGUUCAGAGUCUUUUGCUGCAGUAGCCCAUCUACUUCAAGGUUUGAUGUGUUGUGCAUUCAGAGAUGCCCUUCUGAGAACCACUGUUUUAACAUGUGGUUAUUUGAGCCAUUGUGGCCUUCUUGUCAGCUUGGACCAAUCUGGCCAUUACCCUCUGACCACUCUCAGUAAUAAAGCAUUUUCACCAUCAGAACUUCCGCUCACUGGAUGUCUUUUUGUUUUCUGCACCAUUCUCUGUAAACUCUGUUGUGCAUGAAAAUUCCAGGAGAUCAGCAGUUUCUGAAAUACUCAAACUACCCCAUCUGGCACCAACAAUCAUGUUUCUAUGUUUCUAUGUUUCCACAGUCUAAGUCACUUAGAUCACAAUUCUUCCCGAUCCUGGUGUUUGGUCUAAAAAAAACACUGAACCUCCUGAUCAUGUCUAUAUGCUUUCAUGCGUUGAGAUCCUGCCACGUGAUUGGCUGAUUAAAUAUUUACAUUAAGGAGCAGGUGUACCUAAUAAAGUGGUCACUGUGGGUAGACUGGUUAAAAGAACAAACAGUGGUAAAUGGAUUUAAUGGAGAUUUCAAAGUUGCCUUGCAGUUAGCUUUUACAAAACCAGCCAUUAUAUUGCCACUUCAGAAUGCAAAUUCAAGUGCCUAGCUGGAUUGCUAAAGGUGUGGCAUGUGUAGCGGGUAGAGUUGUCAAACACAGCAUGUGUGGUAAAUAAAGCAGGGUAGAAAUUCACUCCGUCAUGUGCUGAAGUCACCUAAUAAUGCUUGGAAAUUCAUUUCAGAAGCAGAAUUUAGUUUCCGUACCUUGCGUAUAAAAGGAAGGGUAAUUUCUAUCCUUCAUUUUUUUUUACAAUGAACAUUUAUACUUUAACUCUGAAAACUGUUUUGAUACUGGUUAGAAACUAAAAAUGGAACUGAGCGGUGGUAGGAGCAUUAAAGGAAAUGUUGAAAAAUGAGUCGGGACAAAAGGUUUAAUCAGAAUUUUGAAGAAGCUGAGAUAGAGAAGGGUAAGGGCAAUGUUUGGAGUGGGGGGUGUCCAAGACAAGUAUUGGCCUUGGCAUUGAAAAUAUGGAAGUUAAAAAAGCUAAAAUUAUCAGGUCAAAGUUUAAAGAUCCAGAGGUAAGUAACAGAGGGAUUUGAUAAUGUGAUAAAGGUACUAAUAUUCACUGCAGUUGAGAUAAAGGCCCUAUGAAGAUGACGUAGAAUGUAAGGGAGGUGAGUUCAGUUUAAGAGAUAUAGACAGAGUUAGCAGAAAGGUGGUAAAUGCAGUUUUUAUGGAGGUUAGGUGGGGGAACGGGGAAAUGCUGUGUUGGAAAGCAAAGCAGAUAAGGCAGCUCAUUGAUGUGUCAGUUAUGUACAUGACCUUCCCCACAGCAGUUUUUCCCACUCAGCAUGAUCUCAAGAUAGUGUGUGUUACAGAAGAGGCCUUGCACACCAAACACUGCAAUUAGGCCUCUUGUCUGUGAACUUCUGCCGCUGCAAAGAGAGGAACUGGUGAAGGGAGUCAGUAAAGGACAAAGUGAGACAGAGAGGAGGAUGACAAAGAGCAUUAUACCCCAGUGCUGGGGAGCAAUCAUUUAGGAACGGAUUGGGAAGUUUCUUUGGAAUGCGGUACAGGGGGUGUGGGACCACAGUAACAUUGGCCGGCGGGAUCACAAAUACAAAUGUACGAUUAGGCCCAGAGUCAAGAGGAAGUGCAAUUAUUGCAGAUACCGUCUGAAACCAACAAUAUUAAAUUAUCUAAGAAAGUAUAUUAUCAGGCAUUCUAACUGAUUUACACAAUAAAUAGUCUAAAAAAAUUUAAAUCUAUCGUGAUCCAUUGGAAUUGAAAGUCUGUGUCUGUAAAAUUAUUUGAUGUAUAAUUGUGGAUUAGAUUCAAAAUUACUUUAAGGCUAAAUGAAACUGUUCACUAUCAUAAUUACUCUCAAGGAUGAAUCAAAUAGGAUAUUUCGCUUCAGAAAGAAAGCAAUAUGCAGGCUCAGUGGGUGUCCAUGAGACCCAUUCCCAAACAAAUGCCAAUCACAGUAACCACCUGGGGCUUGUGGCUGGUAGAGAGAGAGGUGAAUGGUUUGUGUUUCUGUUGUCUCACUUUCCUCAAAUGAUGGCAGGGCCAACAGCAUGGGACAGAACCAUCUCACGUACUCAUCUAGCACUGCACAGGGGGCAGCAAAAAUAUAACUGAUGGGAUAUACAAUUUACUGUUGUAUUUUAAUGAGUUUUAAAUGUUUCUUUCAUCUACAUAUUUCAAUCUGAUUUUAAUGUUUGGGGAACAAAACUGACAAAUAAAACCUGGGAAAUUUGCUUAACAUAAACUAAUUUCAAAAUGCUGCAUAAUAAGAGAUGGAGGUGGCAGGGAGAAUGUAAUCUGCGUAAGUGUGAGGUGUGGCUCUUUGGGAGGACUAAUGUGGGUGGGCCACACACAGUCAGUGGUGGAAUUGAAGAACCGGACUUGGAACACAGCUUACGGGAUACUUGCCUUCAUUAGCCAGACCUAGAAUGUAAGAGCAGUUGGUUACGGUACAAUCUUUAUAAAAUAUUGGUUAGGCUACAUCUGGAGUAAUGUGCACAGUCAUGAUCACCACAUUAUUGGAAGGAUGGGAUUGCACUGAAGGGGUUACAAAGGAGUUUGUCAGGAUGUUGUCUAGGAUGGAGUGUUUCAGAUUUGAGAGACUUGGUGUGUUCUCUCUUAAGUUGGAGCGGUCUGAUUUGAGGUGUACAAAAUUAUAGGAAAAUCCAUGGACGUGAAACAUUUUUCCCAUAAGAGAGGAGUCAAAAACUAAUGGGUUAGAUUUAAACCAAGGGAAAGGUGGUUUAGAGGGAAUCUGAGGAAGAAUUUUUUCAAGCAGAAGGUGAUGGUAAUUUGGAACACAAUGUCUACAGGGGAGGUGGAAACAAGUAACCUCUCACCACAUUUUAAAAAAACAUCUGGAUGAGCAUUUGAUUUCUCAAGGCAUUGUAAGCUACAGACCAGACCAGACCAUCGGCUGUUCAAGGGAGUUAUCGUAAAUAGGUAACUGGUAGUCGGCAUAGAGAGGCUAUGCUGAAGGACCUGUUUUUGAGCUGCAGAAGUCUGAAUACAUUCCUAUUCAUUAAAGGAUGUUGGUGGCAGAAUUGUAGUUACAUGUUUUUUGCAAGUGGGAAAUAUUGGCAUGGCAUUAUUAUUGCCCAGUUGUUCUUUUCCACUCCAAAAAAGCCAGCAAUGGGUAGUCUUGGUACACUGGUGAGUACUUUGUGAUAGUGGUCACAUAGGAAACACUGUUAACUUUAACUGUGUUUCAGACAAACUUGACGUUAUCAAACUUGAAACUAAUGUGUUCUCCCAAGGACAACCUGUGAGAAGUCAGGUCUGAGACAAAGCCCAGACUGGUGCAAAAUGGCCUAUGAAUUAAUGAUCAAGAGCUGGGACACAGGGUAGUCCAUAUAGUGUAUUUUUUUGGGUGCAUGGAUACGAUGAGCUGAGUGAUUGCCUUCUGCGCCAUAAAUUUCCAAGAUUUCUAUCCAGCUUGUUUGGUUUUAAUUCUUCUCAAAAUCAAAUGAUCUGCUAAUUGGUUUCCUUAAUUUUACCAGCAGUGACUAAAAUGGUUCAUUUUGUCUGUGGUCACUUUCAAUAAGUUUACUGACUUAGAUCAGAAAGCUGAAUGCUUGAUGUUGCAAGAUGUGACUAAAAUAAGAAUUACUGGCCGAGCAUCAUUGCCGAAGGAUCACAAGUUAUUGAUUUACCACAAGUCCUGCAAUUUUACAUUGUUAGUGCCAGCUUUUAUUUUCUCUCCUAAAUUGCUUUACUUCUACUUGAUGGGGUAAUUGGGUUGCACUAGUCAACAAAUAAUUUUGAAAUAUUGUAAAAUCCAGUGAAGAAGUCACUGCCCAAUAUCCCCACAUACCCUGUGAUUUUUAAGAGAACACCUAUGGAUUUAAAAUAUAUUUAGCUUUUCCCCUAUAACCUUAAAAUCAUAAUUUCCAACAAAGUUUAUCAUGUAUAAUCAGGAAAAAACAGCCAUCAUCUAGAUGAGCUUUUUAAAAAAAAUGUCUAAGUUGCAUCAGUAUAGAUGUUCCACUUGCCUCCUAUCGCCCAUCCCCAAAAAACUGCUUCUUUUGGCCCUUUCCAUAAGUUCACAGAAUGUAGACUUCUACACUGGAUUUUGCAGUAAUUCAUUUCUGAUGAAAAAGAAACAACAUGUUUUGUAUACCUUGAGAACCCAUGAAGGGAAUGGUCAAUGUACUUGUACUGAUGUGUAUAGAUAUUUUCUUAUGUAUUUACUAUAUUGAAUAAAACAUUUCAUUUAA